UAUCAUUCAAUUUUCUUUACUUUCUAGCACCGAUUCGAAAUCUAACAUAUUAAAGCAUGUUUAUUGUGUUAUUUAAAUCUUUUUUAGUUUGAACUCAUGCAAUUUUAAUAUAACGUCACGGCAUAUAAUAGCCAACACUGUCAUUCACUAGUGAAUAGUUUACCAAUGAGAGCACAGUUCCAAAAUUAAAAUCGGUUUUUAAACGGUAUAUCAUAACAAAGUUUGACAAUGAAGAGUUGCACUUGCAGCAUUUUCUUGGUAAGUCUUCUCUUCAAUGUCGAUGCGGACAUUUUGGUGGCCAACGAAACUGUGCGUCAACUGGUGCAAUCUGCUGGAUAUCCAGUAGAGAGACACUAUGUGCAUACCUCAGAUGGAUACAUCCUGCAAGUCUACAGGAUACCACAUGGAAGGGCAGAAACAAACAGAAUUGAAGGGAAGAAGAAAGCAGUUGUACUGUUUCAUGGUCUGACCGGUAGUUGUGAUAAUUACCUCAUCAUGGGUCCCAAAAAGAGCCUCGCAUAUUACCUCGCGGACGUUGGGUACGAUGUGUGGUUAGCAAACCUGCGCGGCAACUUUUACACGUCCCAUACAAAGUUAACCAGGAAGGACCCUGCAUUUUGGGAUUACAGUUUCGAUGAGCACGGAAAGUACGACGCUCCAGUAAUCAUAGACAAAAUCCUGGAGGAGACUGGACUCUCGCGGGUCUUGUACAUCGGCCACUCUAUGGGUUGUACGACUUUUCUAACAAUGUUGGCGCAGCGGCCAGAGUACAAUGACAAGCUGGUAGCUUUCGUAGGAUUGGGGCCAGCCGCGUAUCUCAACAAUAUCCAAGGCUACGUCCACUUUCUUCUGAACAACCUAAACUUGCGUAUAUUCUUACCUAAAUUGGACAUCGGAGCGAUAAUAAUUCCUCGGAAGGUUCUGGAAUUCACAAGUAAAUUCUGUGCACCAGAGUAUAAUAUGGACCUAUGCUUGAAGUAUCUUUAUUCUCUCAUCGGUGAAGACUACGAGCAAAAUGCACCGAGGUCGUCGAAAUUUUAUUAAAAUUUGAAAUAUGAACCUAUUUUUCUUAGUGAACUAUUUUAUUGUGGUUUUAUAGGAGUAUUCACAUCCUGGGAAGACGGCUUAGACGGAAGAGUGAAACCUUACAACUUGAGUAAUAUCAGGACACCCGUCUCAAUAUGGUAUGGACAGAACGAUCAACUAACUGAAAUGUCUGAGAUCCUACGCUUAGCUCGAGACUUGAAUGAGACCGGUACUCUACACUCCGUGAGGCCAGUGCAGUGGAACAACUUCAACCAUCUCGACUUUAUAUUGGCCAAGGAUGUGGGCAACAUCCUGAACACACCACUGGUGACCCACGUUAAAGAGCUAUUCGACGAAUAUGACAAUCAUUAAGUGCAGCGUCGUAUUAAGAUUAAACCAACAAAAUUAGUAACUUUUCAUAAUUUUUAAUAUUAUUAUCCUUCUAGUUUCGGUUUCCUUAAUGCUGAGACCAGGGCUUGAAACCGGUUUCAAAAAUACCGGUAAAUAAAGGUUUAUACCGGUUUUUAGUAAAGGUUUCGUUCGGAGCGCGUUCGAAAUGAAAGCGGUACCUAAAACCUUAAUAAACCGGUUUAAUCCAGAGCGACACGUGCACGCGUCGGCAUCGCAUGAAGUUUGUUUUGUUUGAACUAAUGAAGUCACAACUUGUUAAUGCUCAGAGAUUGAUGCAUUUAUUGACACGUUUGCUAGCGUCUAGUGAGUCAAGUUAUUCAUUUUGUAGUUGUGUAUUUAUUUCAGCCGUCAGUAAGAGCGAAAUGAAACCCUUUGAAAAUCGCUAAAUUGAUUCAAAACCUAUUUGAUUUCGCUUUUAAGGAAAACCGGUUU